GCCGCGCCCGACAGGGCAUCCCGCAUCGUUCCUAUCUUUGAUGGGCUCCACGUCGUCGACGUCGCCGACGUCGACGUCGAUAUCGCCGGCUCCGCCACCAGGCGUCGUCCCGAGGCCUGCCGUCAAGCCUCCAUCUAAGGGCUACCUCGAUCGCAGCCGCGCAGCGCAUGCGGCUCCACCGCCGGCGCCAGCACCUCGCUCGACGAGAAAAUCUGCCACCGAGACGCGGUGCGAGCGGUUCUGCGCGUACUCCUGCGACGAGGUCCAGAAGGACCCGUGCGUGCUGCUCUGGCCGUGCACCUUCAUCCCGCCGCUCAGGUACACGUUCUGCACGAGCUGCGUCGGCCGAGCCACCUGCUGCGAGUGCCCCGGCGACCGGAGCGAGUACAACCCUAUCGGGCGGCAGGUCUUGCGGUACCUCUACCUGCUCCUCCGCUUCCCGUGGUCCUUCCUCACUUUCCUCGUCCUCUUCCUCGGCAACACCCUCUGCGCGCGCCGCUGCCACAGCACCUGCGGUGAGGCUUGCUGCUACAACCCGACGCAGAUCGCCUACAUCCACUCGCUGUACGUCAUCCGGCAGACGCUGCUCAAGGGGUGGCGCCGCUUCCUCUGCUGCUGCAUCUCCGAGGGCGCUGGCGUGCUCGCUGUGCUGUGGGAGCUCGACACGCCGCCGCGCUACAUCUUCGACGAGGACGCGGACACGCCCGUCCUCCUCACCUUCCAGGAGUACCUCGCCCGCGUCGAGACGGGGAAGGUGCCGGUGCCGCCCUACUCGGGAAAGUACCGCGCCAUCGACGGCGGCGGCAGC